AUGAUUGGCAUAUCGCGAUUUCAUGCCAUCGUCAGCGCACGACCUCUCCAUGGGAAUGGACCCCCAGUAAUCCACGAAGACACCUAUCGUUCAGCAUCAUACGAGCCCUGGGGUAAUGGGCGGCACCAAGUGAACGGCAAAAGGGCGAGAGAACCGGCGGAUACAAGUGCUGGCCCCAGUACAACGAAAAAGGCGGCGAAGAAGGCGUCAGAGGACGACGCUGGCGCUCAGCGCGAGUAUCGCGAUCGGGAUGGGCUGUUGGCCGCUCUGCGAGAGCGAUUCCGCGCGGGGCCCAACGUCGAUUUCCACGGUACAUACGAGAUGCAGGACACAGGAAUGACACACAAAGAGCGUAUACAGACAGUUGCUCAUGAGAUAUGGAAGACGACCGGGUACCGCUUUACUGUCAAAGACCACCCACAGUACACGAAUGGGCACAAAACACGGUUUUGGUGUUCGCAGGACGAGGCACACCGCUCCAAGUCCUCCCGUGCGGCGCGCAAGGCGCAGGGGAGCUGCUACAAGCCGCGUGUGACGAGUGCGGGGGAGGCAAUGGCGAAGGAGCGCUUCGCAUGCCGUAGUCGCCUGCUCAUCUCCUCCCGGGACACCCACCAACCGGGUACGCGAGUCAUAACCAUACGCAUGCAUCAUCAUAUAUCGCACGAGCCGUACAUCGAUGCAAGCAUGUCCCAGGAAACUAUUCAACACAUCUGGCGCACUUUCAGCUAUGGUCAUCAGCCAACACAGCAGCCACAGCAUCAACAACAACCACAUCAGCACCACCACCAGCAACAUCAUCAGCAUCACGCACAACCCGCUUCAACGUCUACGAGUAAUAUCAACCAUAAUAACAAAAACGAAAACGAUGUAACUAUGGACCAGGUGCCCCUGACCAUGCCUAUAGACGAAGAGGAGGAAGAGGAAGAGGAAUCUUCGGUAGACGCAGAUCGAGGGGCCCGAAUGGACACUGGAUAUCAUCGCCCAUCAACAGACGAUACUCUUCGACACACAACGUUCGCUCCUACUAACCAUGUACCGCAGUCCCAGCCCCAGCCACUUCAACAGUCACAUACACAUGCUCAAACGCAGGCGUUACCACCACAUCCUCAACCACUGGCGCUACCGCCUCGGCCUCAUCCUCAAACACAGAUACUACCGCCUCUUUCUCAGCCUCAUCCCCAACAUCAACCACAACCGCAACCACAACCACAAUCCCGGCCGCAACCGCAACAACCUACCCUGCAUCCGCCGUCAGAAGAGUACCACAGCAAGAUGUUAGCGCACAUAAAAAACCUUCGCGAGUUUUGUGAAGGACUCGAGUAUCAGCUGCAGUUCAAUGACUAUCGGAUGUUAGAUGUACUCGAACGGGAAGGAGGGUCGUUUCUCGGACUUGUGGAGGACUGUCUUAGGAAAGAGGGUCGUUUGGUGUCGGUCGAUCAUCCGAGCAUCUCCCAGCAGCAGCCUCAGCCCCUGCCCCAGCCUCAGCAACAACCACAACCGCAACAUCAUCACCAAGCACCGUCGGCCACCAACCAUUCUCUGCAUAGUAUUCGUAUGGAUAUGAAUGGCAGACACGCUGUACAAGGACGACAGACUUAUGAUGGGAACCCUGGAAUCAACCCGAGAGCGCUCAAUUAUUGA